AUGUCGCCUCCCGAGAAAUCACAACCGAGCGCCCGCUGGGCUGCUAUUCUGCAGGAAGCCCGCCUUGAGCUUGAAAUACUGUCAGGCGAGACAUUCACCCUCCCCAGUUCCCCCAAGCAGGCCGCGUUGCCCUUUACGACGUCAUCCUCGACAGAUGCCGACGAGAUUCCCUGGUCGGUUGUUGUGAGAAAGAAGGGAAAGAAGGGCAAGAAAAAGGGCAAGAACAAUGUCAGCAUCAGGGAUUCACCCGCCAAGUCUGCUUCCUUUUCAAUCUGCGGCUCCUUCGAGAAACCCGUGAGCUGGAAUACCAGGGAGGUAAUGAAGGCAAGGACAGAGUGGAAGCACAAGAAGCAGCGGGUGUACACCUACACCCCCUUGCCCAAGGACUUCCAGGUCUACCAGGACACCAAGGCCUUAUCCAAGGGCACAAAGCGUCGCAUCAUCGGCGGCCACCGAUUCCACCCACAGCAUGGACUGGAGUCGAUCGACGAGAACGGCGAGCUCUUGCUACUGAAGCUCAGGUUGCCCAGGGUCGACCCGAUCCCACACCAGCGACUGGGUCCCGUGGCGGUUGUCCCUGCGCCCAUUCAGGCCAAGACACUCUCGUGGUCACAGGUGGCUACCAGGCCAGUCGUGUCAGUCGUGCCAGUGGUGCCAGUCGUGCCAGCCGUGCCCAAAUCGCCGGUUAAGUCAUCCUUCACAAGAGUAUCGGUUACGCCACCCGUGACCAAGCCGGCCGUGCCCGAGGUCCCGGCGGCCAAGGCACCCGUCACGCUCAAGAAGGAGAAGAAGGCCCAGCCUCAAGCCCAGCGUCCGGCAACCCAGGUAUCUCCGAAGGCAGUGUCACCCGCAACACCCAAGCUGCCAAAGUCGUCCGUCGACUCGACCCCCAGUCGGCAGGGCUCCAAAUCAGUCGAUAUCGAGAAAUCAGCCCCAACUCCGACCAAGACACUCUCGUGGUCGCAAGUAGCAGCCAAACCGGCCGUGCCCAAAGUGCCGAUCAAGCGCUGA